GGAGCCGCCAAGGCUGCACUCUUUAUUGGGCAGAGGUCGCCUCUCUCCGCCGCUCUUACAGAGACCCCGGGCGGGGACGAAUGACCAGUAUGUUGAAUAUGUGAUUCCACUCUCUCCUUCCCUGCAAUGGUCUGCUUAGAAAUUCACCAAUACCUUUAUGGGGGCUCCAUUAUAUAAGUAUAAACUGUACCUGAUUUGUGAACAUAUCUUGCUUCAGUUGGUUUCCUCCUGAAUAGGCAGAUGGCAUUGGCUUGUCUCUGCUCUGCUAGGUGAAAAAUUAGACUAUUUUAAGAGGUGGAGCUGAAUCUGAUAUUAAAUAAUGGCAACAGGUGACUUAAAAAGAAGCUUACGGAACCUGGAACAGGUGCUCCGCUUGCUAAAUUAUCCUGAAGAGGUGGACUGUGUAGGUUUGAUAAAGGGAGACACAGCAGCAUCUUUGCCCAUCAUCAGCUAUUCUUUUACCUCUUACUCACCGUGUGUAACAGAACUUAUAAUGGAAUCCAAUGUAGAGCUGAUAGCAAAGAAUGACUUGCGCUUUAUAGAUGCUGUCUAUAAGCUUCUUCGUGAUCAAUUUAAUUAUAAACCAAUUUUGACGAAAAAGCAGUUCAUCCAAUGUGGGUUUGCAGAACGGAAAAUUCAAAUUGUUUGUGAUAUUUUGAAUUGUGUGAUGAAAAAGCACAAGGAAUUAAGCAAUCUUCAGAAGAUUCCAUCACAACAAAGGAAGAAAAUGAAUUCUGCUAAGUCAGAACCUCCUUUAAGCAAUGAGAAAAUAUCUGCAGAAGCUAUUGGCAUUGAUAGCACUGGGAGGUUUAUAACUUCAGGAAAGAAAAAAGCUGUGGUGAUUCGUCACUUGUAUAAUGAAGAUAAUGUUAACAUGCCUGAGGAUACGUUAAGUACAGUGACAGAUGUUAAUGAAGCAGUUACUGUGUCUGACUUAAAUGCUGCUGAAAUAAAGAUGCCUGAACUAAAGGUUCCUGAAAUCGAGGCUGAGCAACAGGAUAUAAAUGUUAAUCCUGAGAUCACUGCAGUACAGACUAUGCUUGCUGAAUGCCAAGAAAAUCUUAAGAAACUAACUUUGAUAGAGAAAAGGUUAGACUAUUUGGAACAAAAAAUGAAAGGAAAAGUGAUGGUGGACGAAAAGACCUGGACUAAUCUCCUUAGUCGUGUUACUCUUCUUGAAACAGAAAUGCUUUUGUCUAAAAAGAGUGAUGAGCUUAAUGAAAUAAGUGAAGACUACGCUUCUUGUAGCGACAUGAAUCUUCUGAAUCCUCACAGAAAAAGCAAAAUAGAGAGGCCAGCAAGUAUUCCUCUGUCCUCUGGCUAUAGUACGGCAUCAUCAGAUUCAACUCCCAGAACCUCUACCAUUAAUUACUGUGGUUUGAAUGAGAUUUCAGAGGUAAGAAAAUGCUUAGAUUAUUUUCUUUCUAAAUUAGGAAAACAAGCAAGCAUUAGUUUUAGUUCUAUAUAUUGCUGGCAAGAAAAAUAGCAAAUCUUAGUGUCUCAAAUUCUUUCUUAAGUAAACAGUACUUAGUGCAAUGUUUUAGACUGUAUUUUAUACAUUCUGGGUCCAUCUUUGAUGAUGGUUUACUUUGAGAAAUCACCUAAAUUUUUUGCUUUUUAAAUUAAAGGAAACAACAAUCCAGAAAAUGGAAAGGAUGAAAAAAAUGUAAGUAACAGAAAGGGGCAACAGAAAUUUAUUUCUCUAUAGGGAAUUGUACUGGAUUACAGUACAUAUAGAAUGUGCAUGUGUGUUUCAAACCUUAAAGGUCUCUCUAUCAGGUGUGGAAUUUCCUUCAGGACUCCAUUGGAUAGUAAAUUCACCCACAGUUAUGUGUUUGUGAGAUGAGUCACUGUUUUACUUUUCAACAAGUGAUGUAAAACUUGUUGGAAUUGUUAAUGGAAUUAACUGCAGAUUAGAGUACAGAGAUAUUUUUGGUUGGAAACUAAUCAAGGGUAGUUUUACCUAUUUUUGAUAGCUGAUUUAUCAGAAUAUUAAAUAAUAUAUGUAGAUGGUUGGUUUGGAGACUUUCACUAUUGUGAAAAUAUCACUGAUGUUUUUUGGCAAGUUAUUGAUAUGAUACUAAAAAUGAUGUUUUUAUCUAGUACAAAUGAUGUGAGUUUUCUAAAGAGCAGUUCAAAGGAAAUAUAAAGCGAAAUUGCAUGUAAGAUGAUUAUGCAGCCUACUACUUUAGAAAAUUAUAAUAUUCUUUUGAAAUGCAAAAAGUAUUUAAAUAACUUACACUCUAAGAAUACAAGACUCAUAAUUGACUCUUGUUUUUCCUCCCUCUGGACACAGUUUAUUCAUAGUAACUGUACUUAUAGAUAAGAAAAAUAUUCAAAUUUAUUUUAGCUUAAAAAGCAUAAUUUCAGUAACUAAAAUGCUGUGCUUUAUUGUGAAUUAUUGAUUUAUUUAAUACAUUAUCUGUCUGUUAUAUUUCAGGUUUGAAGAAACUGCAGAGUUACUGAAAUGUUCAAAUCGCUAAUUGUAGGAUUUUCUACAUUAACUCUAGGACUUCGGUUACUGUAUAUGUUGUAUAUUUUAAGAAUUCUUUCUACAAUUUUAAUAUGCUGCAACAUUUUUGACAAUUUCGAUUUCAUUUGGUCUAUGAAUUUUUUCAUUCAUUAUUGAAUAAAUCGUGUAAUAUUUUUGAGCAAUGAUUAUGCUACUUUACCUUGUGUCACUUUUUCUUUUUUUUUUAGGAAAAACUCAUGUUCCAGUAUAUUUCACUUAUACAGAGUGAAGUCAUUACAGCACUGUAUUUUUGUGUUGACAUUUGUUGGCAGUGUGCUAACUAAUGUUUUUUAAACAACAAGCUUGAGAACUAUGGUUUACAUCCUAUUGGAAACAUUCCGGUUGGAACUUGCAUGUUAUACCCAGGAGGCUCUCAGAUAUACCAUCUUGCCAUGUGUACUGAUGAAUAAGUUAUAAUGAAUAGUUAAAAAUGCUCAUUGAAAAUUAAACAAGAAGACAGCUAUUUCAUGCUUAGUCAAAAAUGGCAAUACCUUUCCAAUUAACACUGAGAAAUUAAGGUUAAGAUUCUCCUUUUGUGCUAGGUAACAGGUCUCAAGGUUCACCAUAAGAAACAUGUUGAACAUUGUAGUGCUCUGUCGUGUAACACUUCUUGUUUUUUUGAGAUGGAGUUUCGCUCUUAUUGCCCAGGCUGGAGUGCAAGGGCAGAUCUUAGCUCACCACAACCUGUAC